UCGGCGAUUGGCUCGUGACCACGCUGCGGUGUGACGUGCGACCCCGGACUUGUUGUACCCACGUGUGGCGCGGCCGGGAGACACCGGUGAGCCGCGGACCGGCUCUCGCGGUUCCGGAGACCGAGUUCCUGCUCCAUCAUGCCUCACAGAAAGAAAAAGCCCUUUAUAGAGAAGAAGAAAGCUGUGUCUUUCCACUUGGUCCACCGGAGCCAGCGAGAUCCUUUAGCAGCAGAUGAAACUGCACCCCAGAGGGUACUGUUGCCCACCCAGAAGGUAAAUGAGGAAGAAAGAAGAGCAGAACAGAGGAAGUAUGGUGUGUUCUUCGAUGAUGACUAUGACUACCUGCAACACCUGAAGGAGCCAUCGGGGCCCGCAGAGCUUAUUCCCAGCACCGCCUUCAGCGCGUACAACAGUGAUGAGAGAGAAGAAGCCUCGUUACGUUCAAGCACUGGACUUAAGUUGCCUUCAUCAGUGUUUGCAUCAGAGUUUGAGGAAGAUGUUGGAUUGUUAAACAAAGCAGCUCCAGUUUCAGGACCUCGACUGGAUUUUGAUCCUGACAUUGUUGCUGCUCUUGAUGAUGAUUUUGACUUUGACGAUCCAGAUAACCUCCUUGAAGAUGACUUUAUUCUUCAGGCCAAUCAGCUGACAGGAGAAGAGGGAACAGAUUUGCCGGAAUCUGCGAGUGAAGCUGACAAUGGAUGGGAAGACAUGGACAGUGAGGAGGAGGAGGAGGAGGAGGGCAGCGGCGACAGCUGUAGCUCCGCAGGCCCACUGUCAGAAGGAGGGGACAGGUCUGCCCCUGGGUCUCCUCGGGAAGCCACCAAAAAACACCUGUUUUGGGAAGAGGAAACUAAAAGCCGUUUCACAGAGUAUUCUAUGACCUCCUCAGUCAUGAGGAGAAAUGAGCAGUUGACUCUACAUGAUGAGAGGUUUGAGAAGUUUUAUGAACAAUAUGAUGAUGUUGAAAUUGGAGCUCUGGAUAACGCAGAACUGGAAGGUUCCAUUCAAGUAGACAGCAGUCGGUUGCAGGAAGUUUUGAAUGACUACUAUAAGGAGAAGGCAGAGAAUUGUGUAAAAUUGAAUACUCUUGAGCCUUUUGAGGAUCAAGAUCUGCCAACAAACGAGCUUGAUGAAUCUGAAGAGGAAGAGAUCGUUUCUGUAGUUCUUCAGGAAGCCAAAGAGAAGUGGGAUUGCGAAUCCAUUUGUAGUACAUACUCCAAUUUGUACAACCAUCCACAGCUUAUCAGAUAUGAACCAAAGCCCAAACAAAUCCACCUAUCUUCUAAAACGGGAAUACCUCUCAAUGUCUUACCUAAGAAAGGACUCACAGCAAAGCAGGUUGAACGCAUGCAGAUGAUCAAUAGCAGUGAUCUACCCAAAGUGUCAACCCAGCCGCGUCCCCACAAUGAAAGCAAAGAGGAUAAAAGAGCCAGAAAGCAAGCCAUAAGAGAGGAGCGGAAGGAACGAAGAGUUGAAAAGAAAGCUAACAAACUAGCAUUCAAACUGGAGAAAAGAAGGCAAGAAAAGGAGCUGCUGAACUUGAAGAAGAACAUUGAGGGUCUAAAGCUAUAGGUGUGGAACAUUCAGUAUAAGUUAUAUUUCCAUUUCAGUGGUCUUCAUUAUGCUUGAUAAUUAAUCAGGAUCUUAAGAGAGGUAAACUUGUCCCUGUCGUUUUUUAUAUGAAAAUAGCUGAGAAAAGUAGAAUAUUUGUAUUUUUAUACAAACAAAGUUCUUUUGUCAGCUACCUUGUAACUAUUAUAAUGUUUUGAGUUUAUUGUAAGCUUAUAUUUCCUCUGAAAUAAGUGACUUCAUGAAAGUAAAAUGUUUGGCUAAAUUAAAGGAAAAUGUCUUUGUAACAUG